CCGCGGCCGAGGUUCAGUACCCAAGCACACCUGGGUCCGAGCGCACUUCUCAAUCCUUUCAGCACUAGACCGGAGAGACAACUCACACACACACCCACUUACAUACGCUCUGUGAUGGGUGACCCCUGACCUCUGUCCGGUCAUGUGACUAUAGCACCCCCAACUGCUGCUUUUUGCGAGACCGAGAUACAACCUUAACGUCCCAGACCAGAGGAGAAAUUAAGAAAUUCACCCCCGCAACCCGUUCCCUUUUGUACAUAUAAAUAUAAACUGAAACAUUUCCAGUGUAAAUAUUAUAGAUCUGUAUAUCGGGAGUGCGCGACACUGUACAGAAAAAAAAGAAUUAGUGCUUCUUGGUGUGAGUGAUGCGCGUAGUUGAUAGGACUACGCAAUAAAUGUCGCUGCCCCACGUCCCCCUGCAGAGCGCCGAGGCCGUCACCGGCCCUUUGAGACUCUCGCCCGCCCUCGCCCCCAACCAACCCCUCAGCGUCUCCUCGACCACAGGCCCAAUGCCUGUCCCACGGCCCAGUCCCCAGGGCCCGAGACUAGGUCCUCAGCAUCCCAUCAUGGACUCGACUGCAGCGCCGGCCAACAAAAUCGUCGGCAGAAACUUAAACGGCACUUUGGUGAUGACAUCGGCGCCCGCCAACGAGGCCGAGCUGCAGCUGUACCGAGUGAUGCAGAGGGCCAGUCUUCUUGCCUACUACGACACGCUGCUCGAGAUGGGAGGUGACGAUGUUCAGCAGCUGUGCGAAGCCGGCGAGGAGGAAUUCCUCGAGAUCAUGGCUCUGGUCGGCAUGGCUUCGAAGCCGCUGCACGUCCGCCGCCUGCAGAAGGCCCUGCAAGAGUGGGUCAACAACCCCGCCCUGUUCCAAACACCGCUGCUGCCGCAGCUGCCCACCCCCGGGCUCAGCACCAGCAGCAGCCCCCUGUCCCACGAGUCUGCCCACUCACCGUCGCGUCCGAUGAACCUGUCCUCGACGCACGCCGCCCCCGUGCCACCCCCAGCGGCGGUGGCGCCUCCCGUGACGCCGUCGCCGGCGCCGCCUCAAACGUCGCCGGUGCAGGUGGUGCGUGCGGUGCGCGGCAGUCCAAGCCCGCAGCUGCCGAAGGAAUCGGGGGGCUCGACGGGCAGCGUCGGGGGCGGCUCGUCAAACGGCGCGCCCUCGCCGGGCCUGAACGUGAGUCCCGAGCCGCGCGGAGCCGCUUUUUUCCUCACGCCGCAGGUGUUGCAGGUCGGCGCAGGACCCGAGUCCAUGAGUCCGGGCUCGCCACCCCCGCUGCAGCUGACGCCCUCCUUGGGCGACGUGCAGAUCAGCAGACUGGCCGAUGCGGCCAAGGUCUUGGCCAACUCCCUCCCUACCUAUGAACCCAAGCCGCAAAACAGCAAGAAGAGAAUUUGCAAAGACUUGGAGUUUGUGAUGAACAUGGCCGAGGAUGAUCCCCGCCGAAUGGAUGAAAUCAGAAAAUACGCUGCUAUUUACGGGAGAUUUGACUGCAAAAGAAAACCUGAAAAGCCUCUCACGCUCCACGAGGUUUCAGUGAACGAGGCUGCUGCGCAAAUCUGUAAGUUGGUGCCCGCCCUUCUGACCCGCAGGGACGAGUUGUUUCCGCUGGCCAGGCAGGUGGUGCGCGACUCGGGCUACCAGUACUCGAAGACGCACGUCAGUUUCGACAGCUUCAUGCCUGGGUGUCCGAGCCUAUACCAGCCGCGCGGCAAUGGAGCGGACGACCUCAUCUCGUCGUCCAGCAGCAGCAAAAGACUGAGACUCGCAGAGAGCAUUGAACUCUCCGACUUCCGCAGACAGGAGCGCCUUGAGCAGAUUUCGGAGGAGUUGCGAGCGAUGGCCGAGCGGCAAGAAGAACUGCGCCAGUUGGCCAACGGCGGCGGCAACGACACUUGGCAGAGCCAACUCGAGGCCCUGCAGACCCGGCAGGCCCAACUGGCCGUCGAACAGGCCGAGCUCGGCCGCCACGCUCCUUCGACGGCUCGCUCCUCCAUGCCUAGGCGGAGCGCUCGAAUUUCCGGUGCCAGUUAUGGUGACGAACACACCGACGACACUGACUCGCAGCUCUCCUACAGCAAUGCCAGUUCGCCAUCACAAGAUGUUGGCGACUCUCGAGAUUCAAGCACCAAGGAGGGCGAGGAGAAUAGGUUAAGGAAGGGCAUCAGCAAACAGUUGGUGCAGGAAACCUUGUUGGACGAGGGACUUCGAGUGGUCAAAGAGAUGGUCGCCAACCACAACAAGGGUGGCCGCUUUGAUGACUGCGGUGACCGGACGUCGCCUCCCCACGCUCACACCAACCACCACCACCGUCCACCCUCCAGCAGAUCCAACCACCGCCUGCCCCAUGCCUUUGAAAAUUUCUACGAUGAAAACAAAGUUCAGGUGGGGUUUGCGUUUCAGGUGAUAUCUGCAAGUGGCACCAACAUCAUUGCGGUGGCCAAUCCCGCCCUGUCCAUGUCCCCAGCCAUGCUGGAGGAAGAGGCCAAAGCGGUGCGCCAGUCCAACAGUCCGCUGCAGCUGCUCGGCCUGGGGCAGGCCUUCAAACAGGAGCCCCUCUCGCCGUCCCAGUAACAAGGAGAGUCCUCGAAAGAAACCGUCCUCAAAACCACGUAGCACUGAAGAGACUUUGUUCAAACGGCUCAAAUUGAGAGGGCCACUUUUAACAAAUUAUGCGUGUUGAUUUGCUGUCACAAAAAAAUAACUCUUUUACUUUUGAAUAUAUAUUAAAAUAACGAGUGAGAUUUUUGCAGUUUUGUGAUGGGAAAAUUUUAGUGGCAAUGAUCAUGUCUAGUUGAAUUUGGCUUUCUUUUACUGUUUCUCAUCUCCUGAAUAAAUAAAAUGUUGUUUUGUAUAUCAAAAGGUCGAAUGCACUGCCAUCACUGUGUGAGGAAUUAAUAUGUAGAAGUUUUUGAUCAUAAUAAUUUGUCUUUAGCAUUUGGUGCUGAUGAAACCUGAAAUGUUUCAGUGCUGGCAAUAAUUAAAAAUUAAAUUGGGUUUUUCAAAUACUGUUUUAUCAUAGAAAACUGUGUAGUAAAAUGUUUCUUGUCGGCCGCAUGUGAUUAUUUUGAAAUUUAAAAGUAAAAACUGAUUGAAGAGGUGUUCAUGGAAAAAGGAAAUUUUUAUGUAAAAAAAUAUAAUAUAUGAGCUGUGAUAAUAACUUCACUUCAAGGAAUAUGAUGAUGUGUUUUCUUUCAUGUGCAUUGCAUGUAUUAGUUAUUUAUUUUUACUUGAAGAGAUGACCGUUUUAAAAAUAUAUGUGCGGGCCAGGUUGGCCAACACAAAGGGAGAAUAAUAAUUAAAUUAAACUCCAGAAGAUUCUUUUAAUUCGUAUAUUGUAGUAAGGCGGUGUUGUACAUUCAGGAUGUGUUGGUAUUAGAAUCGGAAGUUGAAAUUCGAAUUGAACUGUAAAAACAUAAUACAAUCAGUACAAUGAAUUACAAACAUGUUAUUUGAGUAUUGGUAAUUUGAGUGGAGGCGCCGGCAUUGCUCGGCCGGCGAACAGUUUUAGGUUCGGCGUUUUGGGUUAAAUUCACUGGCGGGGCCGGUGAUUAUGCACUUAUUCACUGGGCGGGUCAUUUUGCCGUCAAGGGAAAUUGCACAGAAAGGUUCUUACCCCAUAAGUUUGGGUUCAGGCGAAGGUUUGUUGAGUGAGCGAUUGAGACGCGCGCUCCAUGGCUGGCUUGGGGCGCGAGAAUAAACGUGGUUGGGCGGGGCUCACAUUGCAUGGGAGUGCUGCAGGGUGCAGCACAGGGUGGUGGAGUGGUUUAGUCUUGACUAAACGAUUUGUAGUGGGCAGCGGGAAACCGCUGACCGCUACAUAGGCCCCCACUUGGAGACCGGAGGUCACUCUCAGUAUGUUUCUCUCGGUGAGGUGUCUCUUGGCGAGAAGGUGUCUCUUGGCGAGAAGGUGUCUCUUGGCGAGAAGUUGUCUCUUGGCGAGAAGGUCACUCUUGUAUAGGCUGGAGUGAACGAGGAAUUUGAGGCGUUGGACUUUUGCUGAGUCCAAAAACAGGAGAACUUGGAAGCUCUGUAUGUUGGUUGAUUCCAGCCGGGGGAACUUGGCGUGCUGGAAGGUCGUUGGUCCGAUCAGCUCUUUCAGGUGUGUCCGACAGGGUGUGUCCCCAAAGGUGACGAGAAAUAGCUAUGUCUCGUUUGCGCGGUGGGUUGCAGGUCACAUAUACUUGCCGUGUCGGUCCGAGUUUGAAGGCUCGUGUCGGCGUCGCUGAUGUAUGCUCUGAUUCAGACGAGAGUUCUGCAUAAAACUCGUGUGGAGCAAAAUUGUGAGUAGGUGCAGCGACAGUUUGGAAGCGCGGUGCAGUGUUGUCUGACGGCUUCUGAGGAGAGGUUCGAUCCUUGGUAAGUGUAGGUUCGAAGGACACUGGAAUGAUGUAAUGCUCGUUUAAGAGGUUUUCAGGACAAAUUGAUUUUGAAAGGUUUAUGCCCUGUGUUUGUGUUGCGUUUAUGAUAUUUACGCUGCUGUCCAAAGAUUUGGCCUUGGCGGUGGCCACGGUUGCUUGCAUGUGAGGAGGCGUGGCUGCUGACAGCAUUGGUGUUGGCGGUGUUGUGACGGCAUCAUGGCGAAAGCUCGUCGUUCGGCGGUCUGCCGAAUGUGUAUGUUAGUUCUGUCACUCGAUGGCUUGAUUUGUUGAAGGCGAUUCUGCGUUGAAGCAUCGCGUUCGGUAUCUUGUUCGGGGUCACCAUUUUGUGCGGGCCAGGUUGGCCAACACAAAGGGAGAAUAAUAAUUAAAUUAAACUCCAGAAGAUUCUUUUAAUUCGUAUAUUGUAGUAAGGCGGUGUUGUACAUUCAGGAUGUGUUGGUAUUAGAAUCGGAAGUUGAAAUUCGAAUUGAACUGUAAAAACAUAAUACAAUCAGUACAAUGAA